GUUCCCGUCAUUUCGCCAUGUGCAAUUCAGAAGAAAAAGCUUUGUAGGGUUUUCAGAAUCUCCGAUCCCUUGAUUAGGAACGGCUGGAAUCGUCAAAGCGGAGAGGUGUAUCUUGGUUUGUUAAGGUUGGUAGGGUUUCGAGAUGUGGAAUCAGAUCUGGCAGGGAAAUUGAAAGUGCAUCGUUGGGGUUUCUGUGUUUUAGAUCCUACUUUAGGGCUUGGAUAGAUCUGGUGGUUCUGGCUGCUUGAUUUUUCUGUCUUUGUGGUGGUUGGAAAAUUGAUGGUUCAGUUGAUGAAAUCUGGCAGUAUCCGACCGGAAUCUGAGCCGCCGUGUCGGAAUAAGUUGCCGGUGAAGUUGGAAAUCGAGGACCCGCUAGAUGAAGAACAUGGUCCUGUCGAGAAGAAGCCUAAGAUCUCUCCUCCUCGUCAGCAGCAAUGGAGCUCAGAAAGCAGCACAUAUCCAAUCCCACCAUCGCAAUAUAAUCCACUUGAUGAGCCUAGUCCGUUGGGUCUGCGGCUGAAGAAGAGCCCGUCGUUGUUGGAUUUAAUUCAAAUGAAGCUUUCUCAGAGUAAUGCUUAUACAUUAGGAGGUGGACAUGGUGAAAAUGUUGAAUUAGGUAAAAGGAAGGACUCUAAGGGCGCAGUUUCGGGGGCUACUGAUAAGCUGAAGGCUUCGAACUUCCCUGCAUCGCUUCUCAGAAUUGGGACCUGGGAGUACGCAUCCAGAUAUGAAGGUGAUCUAGUGGCGAAGUGUUACUUUGCCAAGCAUAAGCUCGUGUGGGAGGUUCUUGAAGGUGGCCUCAAGAGUAAAAUAGAAAUCCAAUGGUCUGAUAUCGUGGCUUUGAAGGCAAACUGCCCUGAUAACGGGCCUGCGACCUUAGAUAUAGUGCUGGCCAGACAACCUCUUUUCUUUAGAGAGACCAAUCCACAACCGAGAAAACACACUUUGUGGCAAGCAACUUCAGACUUUACGGGUGGACAGGCAAGCAUUCACAGGCGACAUUUUCUGCAGUGCCCACAAGGCUUGUUAAGCAAGCAUUUUGAAAAGCUUAUCCAGUGUGAUCCUCGCCUGAAUUUGCUAAGUCAACAACCAGAGAUAGUGUUAGAGAAUCCAUAUUUUGAGCCAAGAGGUUCUGUUUUUGAGGGCCCAGAUGCUAUGAGCAGUGACUAUGCACCCCAGUUAUCUUCUCUCCAGGACACACCGACCCCAUCUGCUGCUCAUUCAUCUUCUAUAAAGAGUGAACCAUGGGAUACUGUUGCUAGGACACCAGAACAUUUGUCCCGGGAAACACCUUCCCCUAGUUCAGUGAUGGAUGCCCGUGCAAUCGAAGAAAAUGGAAGCAAUGAAUCUGAAGAAUCGAAGGGACUGAUUCAGUGGGAUCAGAUUAAAGUGCCGGGACUUCAUCCAUCCAUGUCCAUGAGUGACCUGGUGAACCACAUUGGGAAUUGUAUAUCUGAACAGAUGACAUCUGGCAACCCGCUUUUCUCCAGUGAAGGAUUGCAGAACAGGGAUGUGCUCGAGGAGAUUACACAAUAUCUACUUAGUGACUCGCAGUUUGCAUCGGUCUCUGAUGAGCAGUCCCACGCGAGAGUUAAUUCUCAAUCCCUCAUGUCUAGAGUGAAUUCUUUUUGCUGUCUGCUACAGAAGGAUCCUGCCACAAUYCAAAACAAUCAGAUUAAUAGCGGACCUGAUGAUGGAAAAGAUGGUCAAACUAUUUCCGCCAACUCUACAAGUGAGAACAAGGUUCUGGGCGAAAUAGCAGGGGGUAAAGGAGAGUCCACUGAUGUCCCUGGCUCCAAGCAGCAGUCGACCAUGUCAAGGAAGGAUUCGGUUGGUGAUCUGCUACUACUUAAUCUCCCCCGCAUCGCAUCUCUACCACAGUUUUUGUUCCACAUCUCAGAGGAUGAAGAAAAUCAAGCUAGAUAAUGUUCAUCGACUCCUUCCUGGACUGAACUUCGUCAUGUAAAAAAGUUCCCCUGCAUUAGCAUAUAUGCAUGCUGUUUGUUGUUUUGGGAUUCUGAAAUUUAGUUUGAUGAUGAAUCCUGAUUCUUCCUCUUCAAGGAGGUUGUGGUUGGUCGUAGGCUUGUAGUUUUAUCUAGCUUUGUUCCUGCAUUGGCAUGUAUGAUAAAUCAGUGUUCCAAUUGUAACCUCUGUGAAUCAAACCUUCGAACUGUCACUCUAAAUCCAACUGUCUGAAAAUUCCAUUUGUUGUUUA